GAAAUAAAAUCAUGUAUAAGAUAUCAACCGGCAGUUCUAUCAUGCACUGCCCAGUUUUGCUGGAGUCUAGGUCUAGGUUGAAAGCACAAAUGGAAACAUCAGUGGUAGCAGCUGCGCCUGAUUAUUUCACAAGGACAAGGGUAUCCCGGAAUGUCAAUAUGGAAAAGUUGCAAAACAACUAUCUGUUUCCGGAGAUCUCAAGCCGCGAACUUGAGCAUAUGAAGAAGUACCCUCACGCAAAAUUAAUAAGCCUUGGGAUUGGUGACACCACCGAGCCGCUGCCAGAAAUCGUAGCAUUAAGCAUGGCUAAUUAUGCUCGCUGUCUAUCAACACCUGAAGGUUAUAAAGGGUACGGAUUGGAGCAAGGGAACAAGGAAUUAAGGAAAGCAAUUGCAGAAACCUUGUACAAGGAUUUACAGAUAAAGGACACGGAAGUUUUCAUAUCGGAUGGCUCACAGAGUGAAAUUUCACGCCUUCAGCUGCUUCUUGGAUCCAAAGUAACAAUUGCAGUACAGGACCCAUCAUUUCCGGCCUACAUCGAUUCUGGUGUAAUAAUGGGGCAGACUGGCGAAUUUGAUCAUGCAUCCGGGAGAUACCAGAAAAUUGAGUACAUGAAAUGUGGACCUGAAAAUAAUUUCUUCCCGGAUCUGCAUGAGACUUCAAGAACUGAUAUCAUCUUUUUUUGUUCUCCAAACAAUCCGACCGGCCAAGCUGCAUCGAGGGAGCAAUUGGAGCAGCUCGUGGAAUUUGCUCAAGAAAAUGGAUCAAUUAUUGUAUAUGAUUCUGCUUACGCAGCUUUUGUCUCCGAUGAAAGUCCUCGAUCAAUCUACGAAAUUCCCGGUGCACGCAAGGUUGCCAUUGAAGUUUCAUCCUUCUCCAAGAUAGCUGGUUUCACAGGAGUGCGUCUUGGUUGGACUGUGGUGCCUGAUGAACUGCUGUACUCUGAUGGCUUUCCCGUUCUGCACGACUUCAAUCGUAUCAUAUGCACCUGCUUCAAUGGAGCUUCAAAUGUAGCUCAGGCUGGCGGACUGGCUUGUCUAUCCCCAGAGGGACUCACCGCCGUAUAUUCUGCUGUUGAUCACUACAAGGAGAACGCAAGGAUACUGGUCGACUCUUUCACUUCACUGGGAUUAAGGGUUUAUGGCGGGGUAAACGCCCCUUAUGUCUGGGUGCAUUUCCCUGGCUCAAAAUCUUGGGAUGUUUUCAGCGAAAUACUCGAGAAAACACAUGUAACCACGGUUCCAGGGAGUGGCUUUGGUCCAGGCGGGGAAGAAUUCAUAAGGGUUACUGCUUUUGGGCGCAGGGAUAACAUCUUGGAAGCAUCAAGGAGGAUGAAAAGCCUCCUUUCCUAAACAAUGAGUACCUGUUAUGCGGGAACAGAAACUAUAGCUCAUGCAUGGAAAGGCAUCAUUGUUAUGAUAGGAUUUAUGCGGACUGCAUGAACUGUGUCAUAAGUUAUUCACAAGAGUCAAAUUUUGCUGGAACAUAAAACUAUCCUACAUUCGAGCGUCCGUCGUCAACCAUAUCUUUGUGUUGUGAUGUCCAGCAUGUACUACUGCAAUAAAGCCUUAGAACUUUAUCUAGCAUUUCAGGACUAAGACUAUUUUCUGUGCCCAUCUUAUUUACUAGUCUUAAACUCCUGCUAUUUGCUUCAGCAAUAACUAUGCUAAUCAUAGUAAAAAUUUC